UUUUUUUUCAUUGGAGAUUCUCUAUUUUUACAAGUCAAACGAUUUGAAAUUCAUAUUUCGAGUUGAGAUUUGUCUUUUUUUCAUAUUUUUUACAUUUUUUCCACAGCUCAUCAUAUUCCGUGUGAAUUUUGGCUAUAUCAUCGGCAAUGUCCAAUACACUCACUUGCACCAAUGCGAUUUAAAAAAUAUUGUUCUAGCAAUAAAUACGCAUUUAGAAUGAAACGUCAUGCGCGAAAAACGUUAUUUACAUACAAAACUUCCAUUGACAUUCAGUCUCCUGCAGUAGAAAUACUGCAGAUAAUUUACAAAGAACAUUUAACGUAGACGAAGCAAAGGGUUUGGGCACGGAAUUUUUUUUAAAACGUAAGUGAUUCGAAACGGGAAAGACAGCAAUCUCGCACACCGGGCGUAAGCACAAUGGCUGAAGGAACCUAUGAGUAUGAGUGCAAUCGAGCUGAAUUGCUCGGAAUCGAUCCACCAAAUCGAGUUGACUGGGAAGAGGCGGAACGUGUACGCAGAGAGAAUAAACAGGCUGAAGAAUUGACAGAAAUUGAUAUUCAAAAUGAGAGAACAAAUGAGGGUACUAGUAAAAUGGAUGAGAUAACAAAUAUUUUAUCCAUCACUCAAAUGCGACUCAACAAGUUCAAGAAAGCGUGUGGUAGUUUGACAAAUUUAUUGAAGAUAAAAGGAGGUGAUGGCGCUGAAGGAUCCGAUGCAACAGGUGAUGAAGGUGAGUCUAAUGCUGAAACAAGCAGCCAAUCUGCAAAUGUAGCUUCAGACGGAUCUGCACCGACUCCCGCACAACCGGAUUUGCAGCAAAAGAUGUCCAGUGGCAUGGAUAAACUUGAUGCAUUGUUAACAAAAACUGAAAACGCUCAAUACUCCAUGGGACACCAAACCAAGCAAAUGAAAUCAUUUCUGAAAUAAAUCAAUCACCCCUCCCCCCCCUUUUUUUUAAAUGUCAACUCAUUUGAGAACAUCGAAUACAAUGUUCCUGCAUUUUUCUUGGCCAAGUGUGGAUUAAAUCGCUUAAGUUUGACUAUUUGAUUAGAAAUUAAGUUGAAUGUUGAAGACACCAAUUUGAAAUCUUUCUUCUAUAUUCACUUCGAAUGAGAUACAUACGUUUAUGAUGAAACUGUGAGAUUGUAAUGCUUCCGAUUGCUAACGCUGCUAUUUUUGUGACAAGAAAAACAAACUUAAAAAUAUUUUCUUCAUAUACACUUAAAUUACAACAAAUUUCCAUUUGAGCAUUUAUUUUAUGAAUGUCUUAUAUCUAUUUAAAACUAUACUGUAGCAGUAGUUGUUGAUGUUGAAUGUUGUGCAAAGCAUUAUAUAAAAAAGCAAUAAAUCACCAAUCUAAGUGAUUCUCUAUCAAUAAAACAUUUUAGCCAUAAACUAUUUAAAAAAAA